AUGGUACUCAAAAAUCUACGUGGCAGUGAGAGAAUAUCGUGGAAAGCAUCGGAACAUCGGAUGGAUCCUAACAAGGUGUCUCAAUAUCCUUCUUGUCACCCAACUGAUAUUCCUAUGGAUGACGUGAGCGACUUUCUUCAGAAAAUCUCAGAUGAGAACAACUUCAGAUUGUAUGUUUACAUAAAAGUCACAAUAGGAUAUUAUGUACAAUCCCAUGUUCAAGCAACCAUUUAUCUCAUCAUAUCCUCUUUCCUAUUUGUCAUGUCAAUGUGGAGUCUCGCCAAAACUUUAUUCACCAAAGUCGGAAGAGUUCCAGAGAAGUAUCGGCCGAGUAAAGAGUUGGAAGAUCGUCUGAAAGCAGUCACUCCAUACGAAAACAAUCGCUACGUAGUUGAGAAAUCUACACCAGUGCAGCUGAAACAACAAAACAUAAUUCUGGAGGAGAUGUGCACUUUCUGUAAAGUAGUAGUUGCAGAAUGUGAUCAAGUGGGGCGACUGAAGUAUUGUUACGAGUGUGGACAUAUCAAACCGGAUCGAACUCGUCAUUGUAGCUCAUGUGGGAAGUGUUGCAUUAAGUAUGAUCAUCACUGUCCGUGGAUCAACAUGUGUGUUACACACGCCAAUUACAAGUAUUUUCUGCUCUACAUUAUCUACACAAGCAUUCUUGUUUAUUGGUAUUUGCUCACAUCACUCGAAGGUGCUGUUCGAUAUUUUAUCAUUCAAAAAUGGAAAGAGGACUUGUGGAAGAUAUUGUACUACUUGUUCAGUUUCAUUGCUGGAGGAGUAUUUGGAUAUUAUCCACUUGGGGAAUUGAUCAUUUUCCAUUAUCAGUUGAUAUCACUAAACGAAACAACUGUUGAACAAACGAAGCCGGCAGUUCUGCGAUUCGACAACGCUGCAGAUUACAAUAUGGGAAAAUGGAACAAUUUUAGAGCAGUUUUUGGAUGGGGUGUAUGGAUGUGGCCAAUUGAAUCAAAUGAACAGGAUGGAUUGCAUUUCGAUAUAAGAUACGUCAGCACUCAACAACGAAAUCGUUUCGUUAGGAUCGAAGAAGAACAAUCCAGCUCUGCUCCAAGUGCCGAUUCAUCUACUCAUUGA